GAGGCCCCGACACUGUCCCACGGGGACCCACCCGGCCCCGGACCCGCCACCGGCCGCAGACAUGAACCAUCCCGACCCUGACGGCGAAACCGAGGGUGAAUCUGACGCCAAACUCCUGCACACAAAGCGGUUGUACCGGGCCGUGGUGGAAGCAGUUCAUCGAUUAGAUGCAAUUGUCAGCAACAAGAUGGCGUACCGGGAAGUAUUCAAACCCGAAAACAUCAGCCUCCGCAACAGGCUGAGGGAGCUGUGUGUGAAGCUGAUCCUGCACGCUGUGGACUACGGUCGCAAGGCUGAGGAGCCCUUGGAGGAAGGUUACUACGAGGUCAUCCAGCCCUCCCUCCCCAACAAGAAGCACAUCCACAGCCGGAGUGCGCUAGAGUGUGCGUACCGCACCCACCUGAUCGCUGGCAUCGGCUUCUACCAGCACCUGCUGCUCUACGUCCAGUCUCACUACCAGCUGGAACUGCACAGCUCCAUUGACUGGACACACGUCACAGACCCCCUCAUAGGUCGGAGGAAACUGGUGACAGCUUCAGGCAAGGAAAUGGAAUGGGCUCAGAUGGCUUGUCACAGGUGCCUGAUGUACCUGGGAGACCUUGCACGAUACCAGAACGAGUUGUCGGGGGUGGACACGGAGCAGCUGGCCGAGAGGUUUUACCACCAGUCGCUGUCGGUGGCUCCUCACGUGGGCAUGCCCUUCAACCAGCUCGGGACCCUGGCUGGCAGCAAGUAUUACAACGUGGAUGCCACUUACUACUACCUCAGAUGGCACCUAUCGAGAGACAUCAAGCGUCUGUUGGUGAGUUUCAUGUACCUGCAGAGCCUGCUGCAGCCCAAACACAGCACGUCGGAGGUGGAGGUGACAUCAAUCUGCCAGUCUGUGCUGGAGGAUUUCAACCUGUGCCUCUUCUACCUCCCGUCCUCUGUCGGUCAGAGCGGCUGCAGUGAGGAGGAGGAGGAAUAUGAGCGAGGAUUCGGCUUCCUGCCCGACCUGCUGGUCUUCCACAUGCUCCUCAUCUGCCUCAUGAGUGUGCACAGCCUGAAGAAGACAGGUAUGAAGCAGUACAGCGCGGCCAUCGCCUUCACCCUGGCCCUCUUCUUCUCCCACCUGGUCAAUCACGUCAACAUCCGCCUACAGGCCGAGCUGGAGGAAGGAGAAAAACAGCGUGCCCACCCUGCAGCCCGACCCCCCAGGGAUGUGCCGGAGGGCCCAGCCCUUCCCCCGCAGGCCCCGGAUCAGGAGGGUCCGGAUGGGGCAGCGAGCCGGCUGGCAAACGGUGCCACGGGGGUCGUCAAGGGCCGGGGCAAGAAGUACCCACGUCUGUGCCAGCUCCGACGGCGGAGACAACGACAGCGUGGGGAGGAGAGUGAUCUGAGCGAGGGUUUUGACUCGGACCCCAGCGAGGACUCUGCCAAGGACAGCGAGGGGUCUGACUCCGGCUCAGAGCCCAGUGAGGAGGAGGAGCAGGCUGCCUUCGACAUGGAGUCAGACUCCGAUAUGAACAGCCAGGAGUCCCGGUCCGACCUGGGUGACAUUGAGGAGGAGCCUGGGCCUGGGCCUGGGCCUGGUCCCACCGAGGGAGGGGCCCCGCAACAAGGGGGGACCCAGGACACAGGCGCCCCGACACCCCCUCCAACGGCCCGGGGCCUCCCAACGACCUGCCAUCGCCAGCAACCUGCAUGCCCUCUCCCUCACAGAUGUUCAGCCCCAAGAGAUGCUUCCUUUUUUGCCCCCUACAUUCGGGCGCAACUUCCUGGUCAUAAGCUCCCCCUGAAACAGCCGGCCCCCACCGAACCCUGGCCCCGACAGGCCCGGUGGUUUGAACGGGCUGGUCCAGCCCCUACGAGCAACGAUCACCGACCCCCCGUGUGGGGGUCCAGCACCACGCUCACCGUCCUGUCUCUUGCAGAGCUCGCAGAGUUCUGUGGAACGCCCUGUCGCGCGCCCUUCGCACCACUGUCCCGGCACCCACCAGCCUGGAGGUGUCGCAGUUGGAGGGCAGCUGGCAACAGCCAAGGAGCCAGUCCCACCUUGUCUCAGUACAUCAUCCCCAACACACAGGCCAUCUGUCAGCAGCUGCCCAACAUCAGGCACCUGGCCAGCAGUAGCCGCUUCAUCAUCAUCAUCCCCCGCAAAGGACGGUCUGGUCUCUGUAACAGGUACAUCCGUUGUCAGCGCGAAACUGGGCGCUCUGUGGACAGACACAAGCUGAAGCGACACGACCUGGACGCGUGGCACUUGUACAAGAUCCUGGACAGCUGCAAGCAGCUGACGGUGUCCCAGGGCAGUGGGGAAGAGGAGGUGGCCGGAAUGGUGACCAUCCUGACAGACUUCUCCCCGGAUGACCCCAGCACUCUCUCCAGUAACGUGCAGGCUGCGUUGCAGGCCGCACACAGCUCGGGUGUGGAUGUGAGGAAUGUCCAGGAUUUCUACAAACAGUGGAAGGAGAUGGGCUGAUGUUGGAGGCUGCGACGAGAGUGUUCGUACACAAACACAGGGCCGACUGGCUCGGCGGCGCCGCCCGGUGGAAGCUCGUGGGACUGCCAUGGUGUUCACCGUCACCUCACGGGCCCAAUAUUCGUGGCACCCGUGUGGGGAACAUUAUAAACAGCGCACCACCCAGACCACACACUCAUGGCUUUAGACACACGCACACGUACACACACACGCGUACACACACACACGCACACACAUGUACACACACACACACACACACACACACACAC